AUGCCAUCCGCAGUAGUCGCAAAAGCGACUGUUGCAUCGCGCAGAAAUCGAGACUACAAUUCCAGGAGAAGAGGAGAACGCUAUGCGGAUGACUCGGAUGAGGAGCAAGGGCUUCUGCGAUCUGCCGCUUUUGAAGAUGAUGGAAUUGAAGAUGAGAAUCGACCAAGACGAAACUUAAGCCCUGUACACGAGCCACCACCUCCGAAAAAUACUACCUUCAGCGCGAAAGAUAAAUCACGAACGAUACCCUUCAAUGCUCCAGAAAAGUUUCAAUCACGAUACCCUCCAAACAUUGUCCGAAAUCAAAAGUACAACACUUUGACCUUCCUUCCCAUUGUAUUCUAUGAACAGUUCAAGUACUUCUACAACCUUUACUUUCUUCUCGUCGCGUUAUCUCAGUUCAUUCCAGCCCUGAAGAUCGGUUUCAUUGUGACAUAUAUUGCCCCUCUUGCUUUUGUUCUCUUCGUGACAAUGGGAAAGGAGGCGUAUGACGACUACAAACGACACCAACGUGAUCGCGAAGCAAACUCGCAGCGAUACCUCAUACUCACUCCUCCUCCCGCUUCCCGCUCCGAAGUCGACGCAGAGCAAGAUUAUCUCAAUACUCAUGCCAACACUCGAUCUGUACCCUCAUCUUCUCUCAAAGUUGGCGACCUUGUUCUUCUGGAAAAGAACCAAAGAGUACCGGCGGAUUUAGUUCUAUUGCAUACUUCCGAGGCUUCUGGGACUUGUUUUAUUCGAACGGAUCAACUAGACGGAGAGACGGAUUGGAAGUUACGCGUAGCAGUCCCUGAGUGUCAGAAGUUGGACGAAGGUGAUUUAGUCAGGCUGGAUGCAGAGAUUUACGCGGACGCACCCAUAAAAGACAUUCACACUUUUGUCGGCACGUUCACUAUGAACAAGCCUCCUGCGAACAGAUCCUUUUCCGAGAAUUCUUUACCCCUACAUCCUUUACCACCCAGUGUCUCGCCGCUUACAGUCGAAAAUGUUCUUUGGUCAAAUACAGUUCUAGCAGCCGGGUCGGCAGUGGGUUUUGUGAUCUAUACAGGUGCCGAAACUCGUGCAGUCAUGAAUACCAGCCAUCCUGAGACAAAGAUGGGGUUGUUGGAUCUAGAAAUUAAUAAGCUCUCUAAGAUUCUCUGUGCUGUUACAUUUGCUCUAUCACUUGUUCUCGUGGCCCUCAAUGGGUUCAGGGGUCAGUGGUAUGUAUAUGUGUUCCGUUUCCUCAUCCUGUUUUCCUCGAUUAUUCCUAUCAGCUUGCGCGUCAAUUUGGACAUGGGAAAAACAUUAUAUGCUCAGCAAAUAAUGAACGACGCAGAAAUUCCGAAUACGAUAGUCCGGACAAGCACACUUCCCGAAGAGCUUGGUCGAAUAACAUAUCUGCUCAGCGAUAAAACAGGAACGUUGACACAAAACGAGAUGGAAAUGAAGAAGCUGCACAUGGGCACAAUGUCGUAUGGUUCAGAUUCUAUGGAUGAAAUCGCACAUCAACUGGCGCUUGCAUUUGGGGCAACGGGCGAGCAUGGACAUCAGCGUCAAGGGUCACUGGCGACAGGUGCGCAGUUGGCUGUACGUGGUCGCAGAGAUAUGUCUUCCAGAGUGAAGGAUGUUGUUUUGAGUCUUGCUCUGUGUCACAAUGUUACUCCUGUAACGAACGACGAUGGGACAGUGACGUAUCAAGCAUCUUCGCCGGACGAGGUCGCCAUCGUCACAUGGACAGCUUCAGUUGGGCUCACACUUACAUUCCGCGACCGGACCAGGAUCACGCUGUCCACACCCAGCGGGACCAGUCUCAACUUCGACAUCCUUGACAUCUUUCCCUUCACGUCUGAGAGCAAGCGCAUGGGCAUUGUCGUACGCGACGCACAGACGGGCGAGAUCACAUUCCUGCAGAAGGGUGCGGACGUGGUGAUGGCCAAGAUAGUACAGAAAAAUGACUGGCUUGAAGAGGAGACAGCGAAUAUGGCGCGCGAGGGUUUGCGCACGCUUGUCAUGGCGCGCAAGCGGAUUUCGGGCACAUUGUAUAAGGAAUUUGCUAGCGCGUAUCACCAGGCGUCAAUUAGCCUGGAGGGAAGGAACGAGGCGAUGGGUAACGUCGUUGCGAAAUAUCUGGAGCAUGAUCUAGAACUCCUGGGCUUGACAGGUGUGGAGGAUAAGUUGCAGGAUGAUGUUAAGGGCACCCUCGAGAUUUUGCGCAAUGCUGGGAUCAAGAUUUGGAUGCUCACUGGAGAUAAAGUCGAGACCGCAAGGUGUAUCGCUAUCUCGACAAAGUUGGUUGCUAGAGGCCAGUAUAUUCAUGAAAUGGCAAAAUUGAAGUCCGGCGAUCAAGUUCGAGAUCAACUAGACUUCUUACAGAACAAACUUGAUUGCUGUCUUGUCAUCGAUGGUGAAACGCUACAGUUAUGCCUUACUCUGUUCAAGAAUGAGUUCAUCGAAAUUGCCACCAAACUUUCCGCAGUUGUCGCCUGCCGAUGUUCGCCAACCCAGAAAGCUGACGUCGCCCGUCUGAUUCGUGCUUUCACAAGGAAACGCGUCUGUUGUAUAGGUGAUGGUGGCAAUGACGUCAGCAUGAUUCAAGCUGCCGAUGUCGGUGUCGGUAUUGUUGGCAAGGAAGGCAAACAAGCAUCUCUUGCGGCCGACUUUUCUGUGACCCAAUUCUCGUAUUUAACCAAACUGCUCCUUUGGCAUGGUCGAAACUCUUAUCGUCGUUCUGCAAAACUGGCCCAAUUCGUAAUCCACCGUGGUUUAAUCAUUUCAAUCAUGCAAGCGGUCUUUUCUGCUAUUUUCUACUUCGCACCCAUCGCUUUGUAUCAAGGGUGGCUAAUGGUCGGGUAUGCGACUAUUUAUACUAUGGCACCUGUAUUCUCGUUGGUUUUGGACAUCGAUGUCAAUGAGGAUCUGGCUCUGCUUUACCCUGAGCUGUAUAAAGAGCUCACAAAGGGUCGUGCAUUGUCGUUCAAGACCUUUUUCCAAUGGUUGAUGAUCAGUCUUUACCAAGGCGCUGCCAUCAUGAUCAUGUCCCUUGUCCUCUUUGAGAAUGAAUUUUUGCAUAUUGUAUCUAUUUCAUUUACCGCACUCAUUCUGAACGAGCUCAUCAUGGUCGCUCUUGAAAUCACUACAUGGCAUAUCUAUAUGGUCAUAUCUGAGAUCGUGACAUUGUUCUUCUACAUUAUCAGUAUUGCAUUUUUACCAGCAUAUUUCGAUCUAUCUUUCGUUAUCACAGUUCCUUUUGCAUGGAAAGUCGCGGUCAUUGUGGCCAUCAGCGCACUGCCGUUGUAUAUUUUCAAGCUCAUCAAGAGGCGGGUGGCUCCUGCUGCGUCAAGUAAAUUACUAUAG